AUGGAAGACGAAUUGCGAAUUCCAGUUUUCAUGGUGUUGUUUGUUUUGCUGGCUUAUACAGCUAUUGGAGGUUUCCUGUUCCAAUCAUGGGAAGGACUACAGUAUUUCGAGGCAUUUUAUUUCUGCUUCAUAACUAUGGCUACAGUGGGUUUCGGUGAUAUCGUUCCCACUGAGCAGGUCUACAUGUUCUUCACAAUGGCGUAUAUUAUUUUUGGACUCUCCUUAGCAACAAUGUGUAUUGACUUAGCGGGUACUGAAUAUAUUCGAAAAAUACAUUACCUUGGUAGUAAGAUGGAAGACGCAAAAGGAGCUGUUAUUUCGCGAUGUGCUAACUUUAGCGGUCUUCAAGUUGGUGAACACAUACUGAAACAUACUGGUAUCGAGGUAAUGAAAACAGCGGGUGGAAAAUUAGUGCAAGUUCGUGGAGCGGUGUUGAACUCAAAACAGGCUCGAGAACUUGGUGUUGACUAUAUACUGGCUGAUCUGCAAUAUCAUCAGAAGAAUAUCCUCUAUGAGCCGUUAAGCCCCACAGUUGCUAAACUUGUUAAGGAGAGUAAUAUCAAGAUAUUACCGGACGACAUAACUGAGAAGGACGGAUACAUAGUACAGAACAAGAGCUAUGACAAGCCGGCUCUGGCCAAGAAAGGCUAUGUUCGUGUCAGUGGCAAUAUUAUUCACAGAAUCAUGGUACCGAGAAAAGACGGGCCAUCACUUGUUGUGCCGUGCCUUAUUUAUAAAGAAACAGACAUCUAA